AUGCGCGAUGUCUCGUCCGCAGGUCAGCAUCGACCGUCUGACGCCGCGCCGCGCGACGGCCGAACCGCGCGAGGCGAUGAAUUGCAAGUCUUGUCGCAAGCGAAAGGUUCAGUGCCCGAGUUCAUUAUGCUCACGACCGCCUGCUCAAAUUUCUCCAGAUCAAAUGCAAUCGUUUACGCCCGAGUUGCGAGGCCUGCAAGGUCUUUCAGUGUCCUUGUGUAUAUGGUGAGUGUCUAUGCAAUCCCCAAAAAACGCGGCCCUAAAACCGAUGUCCUCGAGGCGCUGCUCAAGCGAGUUGACGGGCUCGAGAGGAGGCUCCAGGACGAGAAGAAUCCCAUCUCGCCCACCUCCCCAGACAAGACCCCCGACGAUCUCCCGCUGCAGCAAAUUCCCCGCCGCAACACCAUCGAAUCAUCCUCAUUCCAGCCAUAUUCUCCUGUCGACGCGCGCCCGACACUCACAUCGCCCGGGUCGCAGAAUCCAGAGCCUUUUCCCCGGCCGACCGGGCAUGGACCCUCCCCCGGCCUGCCACCGUCAGCCCCACCACAAAAUGGACCCUUGUCCGAGAUUCUACUAGAUGCGUACUUUGCGCGACUCCACGGCAAGCCCUUCUACGUUCUGGACGAGGCGAGCACUCGACAGCGCUACCAGUUGAGUCAAUUGCCGCCACAUCUAUGCAUGGCGAUAUCGGCGAUGACUCUGAGAUACACCCAUGUCGGCCAGCCCGAACAAUCCCUGAUAUUGGGACUCGAGGCUGCUUUACAGGCGCGCCGUAUGGUUGAUGUGGAUAAUCCCACUGUGGAGGGCCUGCAGACCUUAGUGCUACUGUCCCAAGCUUUUUUCGCCUAUGGUCUGAGCAAGAAAGCGUACAUGGUUUUCUCAAACUGUGUGGCCAUGGUGGUAGCUCUGGACCUGCUCCGCGAGGUGCCAUCAAAAGUCAAUCUAUCCACCACGGAACGUGAGAUGCGACGCAGGCUCUUUUGGACGGUCUACCUCCUGGAUCGCUUCAUCACCUGCGGAUCUCGUCGGCCCUGUCUCAUCUCAGAUCAUGCCAUUGUCCUGCGUCUUCCGUCCUGGUCACCCCAUGCGGCCGGUCUCAACCUGGACGGCGAGCUCUUUCAUGUGGGACCGAACAUCCAAUACUCCGCCGACUCGCGGCGUAAAACCCCCAGCGCAGCCUCCUUACUCAUUGACAUAACCCGGAUCCUGGGGGUCACCAACCGGUAUUUGGCCGCCGGUGGUGUCAAGGGGGACUCACACUUCCCGUGGCAUGCGCUGUCCAACCUCUCCAAAAUCCGACAGGAGCUGGAUAUCUGGGCCGCAGGGACCCAAGAUGUUUUCGCAUCCAUUGAAGCACUAUUCGGACAUCCCGAAAGCACCAUUCUGCUGCUCAGUAAAUUGAUCUACCACUUAGUCCACUGCUUGAUCUACCGCCCCUUCUUGCCCAUCGACUUGGUGGAGCUGAGGGGUACCGGUCAGCAUCAAUCUUGGCAAAUUGAAGCCACCAACCUCUGCUUUUCCCAUUCGAAUGCCAUCGCUGAGCUGGUCGAGCUAGGACGGAACUCUCCUCUGGUUGAGUGGCCAGCCUUUGUCGGCUACUGUGUGUGUACAGCCGGCACGGUUCAUGUUCACGGCGUGCAUUAUAAGGGCCGUGAGGGCGAGGUCUUUUCCUCAAGUGCCGAGUUCUUAACUCGCGAAAUGCACCAGCUGGCCUGGUUGCGGAAUGCGUGGGCAGGCGUACAGCAUCAGCGAGAGCUUCUCCAAACCAUUUACACCUGUCACGCCGAGCUUGUACGCAAUCUCGCUACCAGCCCCAUGCGCUUUUCGCCCGUUUUCCACCUCGAGGACUUCUUGGAUAGGUAUCCCGGGCUCGCAGUGGAUGGGGCUCAUGUUCGACUAGUGGAUACGGGAGAUGAACUGGUUGCAAGUCCGUCGAGCUUAAUGGAUCGACAAGACCUUUUCUACCAACGCCCAAUGGCACCCCCCUCGUUUCAGACCCCAGGCUUCUAUUCCAACGCCCGACCCACACCUCCCCUUCCCUCGUCACAGACCCCGGGAUCCGAACGACGGAACUCGCACUCCCAAUCGAUCUCCAGCAAAACACAACAAACCCCAGGGCCGCUCUCUCCCGCCCUCCACUUCCAUCAACCAUCCAACAACCACUCUCAACCCUCUCCGUCUCUCUCCUCCAUCUUUCCAGUCCACGGUACAACCGAUAUUACCACCGGGCAAGCUGGAAACGCGCCCACAGACAACAACCAUCUCGGCCUCCCCAGCGCUUUCUCACCCUCCGCCUUCGGCUUAUCACCGCCUAACUUUCUCUCGGACCCAUCCCUUAACAUCGCCCCAACUCCCCCUCCAAACCCCCAAUACGCAAUCUUUCCCUUCGACGCAUCCCAUGCCAACCUCAACGGGGCAAGUCAGUCAGGCCCUGGAGGCACCGCGCUCACGCCGGGCGCUCAAUCCCAGACUAGUGGCUCGCACACGGCGGGCAGCGAAACAGGCAAUCUUGAAAAGGACCCAUUCCUGAGCCUGCUGGAGCAGCUCGCUGAGAACGAGAACUCGCAGGGCGGGCCCAGCGAGCUGGACUUCUUCUUGACUGGUGCCGUUGACCAAGAGGCGGAUAUUGGACCCUCCACUGAUGCGAAGGGAGACGGGAGGCCCUCGGAACUGUAA